GCGAUUCGUGUAAUUACACUUUGUCGGUCAUGGUCGGACUGAGCGAGAAGGCCAAGGGUAAACAAAGAGCCAUAGAACCUCUGGAUCCUGCAGAGCAAGAAGAACCGGCAAAGCCGACGCAACGACCUGUAACGAUUCGCUUCACAGAGGGUCUACCCGACCUUACUCUCACACUUGGAAUUCAGGACAGCGUCCGUACAUUGAAGAGAAAGAUUCGUGAAAACCGACCGCAAACAGUAAAACGUCGACUACGCCUCAUUUAUUCUGGGAGAAUACUUACGAAUGAAAUUUUGCUGUUGGAAUGGCUCGAUUCACUGGAGAGGCGGCAGAAACGACAAGUCGAUGCUCAAGAAGGGAAAGGCAAAGCAAAAGUGAAGGAUGAUUCCGACAAUUUUGUCGGAGGAUCAGAAACAAAAGCGUUAGGAGAGUUGGGUCCUACUUGGCUUCACUGUUCUGUCGGAGCAGAAGUUGCUGAAGUCGAGGAUGAAGAUGAGGAGCACGUUCAGAAAUCACAAAUUAAACCGCUAAGGGGCUUUGACCGUCUCGCAGCUGCCGGUUUUUCUGAAGAAGAUAUUGCCAACUUCCGUCGGACUUUUCAUAGUCAAUCAGCCGCAAACUACCUGGAUGCAGAGCCACUGGGUGAUGACGAAGACUACGAGGAACAUGCACGUGCGCUAGAAGAGCGGUGGAUCGAAUCUCUCGAUAGCGGUGCCGAUUCGCCCAUCUCGCCAUCAUCCGCAUCAAGAACGCUCCUCCAAGGCCUCCUUGUAGGAUUCUUCUUUCCCCUGCUUCCGUUCUUUUUCUUCCAUGAAGCACGACCUGCAGUCUUCUGGGAGAACGGACGAAGCCAAGACGCCCCAAGCAGCGUUGUGUUUUCUAAACGGAUGCAGAUGGCUCUCGUACUUGGGUUUAUUCUUAACAUCACAUUUGGUGCCUGGAGAUAUGUCCUUGGAAGAUAGGCAAUUCGAACAUUCUACCAGUAUUCCGUCCACAUUGCACAUCUACACAUACCUGCUAAAUUCUUUUACUCUGCCAGUUGUGUUAUCCAGCCAGAAUUUUUACACAAAUACUGCCUAUUUCUAAAAUCCCGAGAAAAGAAUGAUUCC